CUGGCCACCGAGAGUGUUUUAUUUCAACUUUGAAUGGGAUUUACUACACGCUCACGAAAAGAAACAAGAUUAGCUCCGGUUCAAAGAGUUUCUUUUUAUCUAAAAGAAGAUUCAAAUCGCUGACUAGUUCUGGAAAUGCUUCUGUUUGGGUAUUACCUGGUUCUACUGAACGUGAAACAAGUCAUGGCAGGUUACCCAGUUUGGUGGUCAUUGGCAGUUGGUCAUCAGUACUCAACGUUGGCAACUCAGCCAAUCCUGUGCGGAAGUAUUCCUGGGCUUGUCCCAAAGCAGUUGCGGUUUUGCCGGAAUUACAUGGAAAUUAUGCCAAGUGUGGCAGAAGGAGUGAAAAUUGGGAUUCAGGAAUGCCAGCAUCAGUUUCGAGGGAGGAGAUGGAAUUGCACAACAGUUGAGGAUAAUUUGGCAAUUUUUGGACCUGUUUUGGAUAAAGCAACAAGGGAAUCUGCUUUUGUUCACGCCAUCGCCUCGGCAGGUGUCGCCUUUGCCAUUACUCGCUCAUGCGCUGAGGGCACUGCAAACAUCUGCGGCUGUGAUAACCGGCACAAGGGCAAGCCGGGCGAAGGCUGGAAAUGGGGUGGAUGCAGUGAGGAUGUGGAGUUCGGGAGCAUGGUGUCACGAGAGUUUGCAGAUGCCCGAGAGAACAGGCCAGAUGCCCGUUCCGCCAUGAACCGGCACAACAAUGAGGCCGGCCGCAUGGCCAUUUUGGACCACAUGCACUUGAAGUGCAAGUGUCAUGGACUAUCAGGGAGCUGUGAGGUGAAGACAUGCUGGUGGUCACAGCCUGACUUCCGUGUGAUUGGAGAUUACUUAAAAGAUAAGUAUGACAGUGCCUCUGAGAUGAUCGUGGAGAAACAUCGAGAGUCCAGAGGUUGGGUGGAGACCCUUCGUCCCAAGUACACUUUGUUCAAAGCUCCAACAGAGAGAGAUUUGGUCUACUAUGAUACAUCGCCAAAUUUCUGCAACCCAAAUCCUUCAACUGGCUCAUUUGGCACGCGACACCGAAAGUGCAACAUCACAUCACAUGGAAUUGAUGGAUGUGAGUUGCUAUGCUGUGGCCGCGGACAUGACACAAGGACUGAGAAACGUAGGGAGAAGUGUCACUGUGUCUUCCACUGGUGUUGUCAUGUGAGCUGCCAAGAAUGCACACGCAUCCACAAUGUUCAUACUUGCAAAUAGAGGAAGGAAGAGGCUUUCUGGGAAAAUGGUGAUGGUCCUGAAUUGAAGCAUCUUGCUACAUGUAGAAGAUCAAGAUCCUAAGCCAAGGCUCAUCUUUGUGCUCAUGGAUUGAUGUUAUUUUGCAAACAAUGCCUUUUACAUACUCUUAUAGAAAAAACAGUGUUGACCAAAUCUUCACACAGUGAAACCUUGCAGCCUGAUCACAAAGAAUGACAGAAUUAGGGUUGUAAUCUUUAUAGCAUUGGAAAACCUUCAGACCAUCUGAUACAAAUAAGCUGUGUCUGAAAGAACAAGGGUGGAUCCUACGCUCUGCUGUCUAACAUUUACAUCAAAGAAGUAGUAAAACUAUUUUCUCAAGGUCUGAAAGGGAAUUCUAGAAGUGGGAGACAGGCUACCAAUGAACAUUCUGAGUGAAAACAUAGAUCAGAAUGACAAGGCCCAUUGGGCAGAUAUGGUAGUAUGAUUAUUGUGGACCUAUUUAAGUUUUUGAAUAAAUUCUAGCCUAGUAAACUAUCUAAGAAAUUCAGUUUUACAACUGUCUAUUUACUCAUGUUUCCUGAUGGGUUUGUUCACUUCACUCAUCUUCAAGAGCAAAUUGUCUGCAGAUUUACUAAUAUCGCUCAUUACCUAAACCAUUUAUUCAGUCAAAUAAGUUACUUUGUUAUAAAAUGUUUUCAUUUAUUAAGUCUGACCAGUUUACAAUGAGAACAUCCAUGAAAGGUAUCCUACAGUUGAUGUGACUUCUAACUAUCUGGUAAUAC